CUUGUUUUAUCCCAGGUUGCAGCGUUGCAGACUUUUCUAUUCUUUAUAGUGCGUUGACCUUUUAUUUCUGUUUUAAAAUGUCUGGUCGUGGUAAAGGAGGUAAAGUGAAAGGAAAGAGCAAGACUCGUUCUAGUCGUGCAGGACUGCAGUUUCCUGUUGGACGCAUUCACAGACUUUUACGCAAAGGUAAUUAUGCAGAACGCGUUGGUGCGGGUGCUCCUGUCUACCUAGCUGCUGUUCUUGAAUAUCUUGCCGCCGAAGUUCUUGAAUUGGCUGGCAACGCUGCUAGAGACAAUAAGAAAACUCGUAUAAUACCUCGCCAUCUCCAGCUAGCUAUUCGUAAUGAUGAAGAAUUGAACAAACUUCUUUCGGGUGUGACUAUUGCCCAAGGUGGUGUAUUGCCGAAUAUCCAAGCUGUUCUCCUGCCGAAGAAAACUGAGAAAAAGACUUAAAAUGGUUUGGAGACAAUUCAGUUGUAAUAAUGAAAUGUACCAUUCCAAACUGCGCUGUUUUUAGUUUUUUCACGCAUGUCUGCCAUUGACAUUGAACGCGGUCGCUGUGUUUGACGUUUUGUGGCUUGUGUUUAUGUGUAAAAUAGUCUCGAUAAAUUUAAAUUUGUGUUGGAAGUAAGUAAUAUUGCUUUUGUUUAACUAGAAAUUUCCUUGGGAGCUUUGCAUAAAGUAUAUGAAAAAGGUUUAGUAAAGUGUCGAACUGGGAUUACUUCAGUAAUAUUUUCUGUUCAACGUUGGGAAAAUGUCAAAAAAAAUUUUAGUUAUUUUUCAUAUUUAAAUAGAAAAUGAACAUUGCUUCUCUUGUAAUGUGGAGUUAUUAAAAUAUGAAUUGUACUGGUGGCAGAUAUUUGAAGGUAAACUUGGUAUUUAAAUUUUGACAAAGUACUUGAAUUGUAACAACUGUUCAAUGCAUUUUUAUUUCUAAAAAAUUGAUUCAUUAGUUUUGUCAAAGCUGAAAGAUUUUUCUGGCGACUGUUUUAUAAUGUUACGAUGAAUUUUAAGUUACUUCUCUCUCAUACUGAAAGAUAAUAAAGUAAUAAACAGUGAAAUUAA